AUGGGAUCCAGAAAGAGCCGCUGCGAAGAGUUGACGGAGGCUACGAAUUUCAAGUCCAAGAAGACGGAGGAAAAAGCCGGGAAGUGUCUUUCAAGGCAGAGCUGGAGUGAUCGCCAUUAUAUCUCCGGCGAGUCAUUGCGACUUCAAGGUGGAAAACGGCGGAGGCGAGACCACAAAUCCGCAGGGCUAAUGGGCGGAGGUAAGGGUGGGCAGAAGCGCGGUCGAACACAGAGGCGGCACUUCAGGCAGGGCAGAGAGAACGUAUGGAAGUAUGACAACAAGAGGACCCGCUCCGACGAGGACGCUACCGUUGAGGAUCCCAGCGCUAACCCUAAUCCUAAUCCUUCCUGGGAGCCCUUCUCAACUAAAAAUCUUGGCUUUGAGGAAUAUUACAAGCAACAGGAAGUAUGUAAUGCCCGGGAGAAGGAGGAAAAAGGUCUUUGCUCCAGUUUUCACACCAAUUGGUAUCAGAGCCUGGCUGUGAAUCCCAUGGCAGAAGGAAGCAAACGGAAUGUGGAGGACGACCGAAGCCUGGAGGCCUUGUGGACGGCCCAGAAUAGCAUGGCUCGCCAGAUGGAGGCGUUAACCACCGAGUUUUUCCGUUUUUCGGCGGAGAUGAGGACUGAGAUUCGAUCCCUGCGGACGAAUCAACCGAAUGCAGCAAUGGGGAGGCCAGUUGCGCCGGCAACCACACCGGUACUGCGCCCACCUCAUGGUCGCAGAUCACAUACCGCCGUUCCUAUAGUGUCUGAUUCCGACGAGGAUGAGGGCGUGCAACCGCAGAUGGAUGCAUCGGAUUCGGCCGAAGAAGAUAGACCCCAUUUUUAUGAGCAGCUUCGCCGAUAUCCACCUCAGCAGCGACAAAAUGGAGAGUUCCGCAUUAAACUGGACAUUCCCUUCUUCGAUGGCCGCCUACACAUUGAAGACUACCUGGAUUGGGAGCACGCCGUUGAAGCCUUCUUCGAUUACAUGGAGAUUGCACCCGAAAAACAGGUCAAAUACGUCGCCUGUCGUCUCAAGGGAGGGGCGGGGGCGUGGUGGAUGCAACUUUUACAAUCUCGCCGGCGAGAAGGAAAGGGCAAUGUCUCCAGCUGGUACCGUAUGAAACGAUUGCUGAGAGGGCAUUUCUUACCAACUGACUUCGAACAAAUGUUGUACGUACAGUAUCAACAUUGCAAUCAAGGAGCUCGGACGGUCAGUGAAUACACAGAGGAAUUCUAUCGAUUGAGCGCGCGGAACAACUUAACGGAGUCGGAGACGCAGUUGGUAGCGCGUUAUAUUGGCGGCCUCAAGGAAACUAUACAAGACAAGCUGGAGAUGAAUUCUGUAUGGACAUUGUCACAAGCCGUUAAUUACGCUCUUAAAGCUGAAAUUCAGCUCAACCGGCCUCCACGAGGAACUGUUGGUCGGAAAUACGCUGCAGAACAGGGUGGAGAUUCACUCAAAUUGACUGCGGCUAGUGGGCACAAGACCACUCCACCUGUGUCUGGAGGUCCAGGUAUCCUUGGAGCUGAGCCCAAACCUACGUUGUACAAUCGCCAGAAGACUCCUGUGCGGGAUGGAAACCCAUAUGCAAAGCCGGUGACAUUGAAAUGUUAUCGUUGUUUUCAACCGGGGCACAAGUCCAACGACUGCCCCAACCGACAGCAAGUGCAAUUGUUAGAAGGGGAGCAAGGUGAUGAAGAUCAUGAUGCCGAGCAGUUGAAUGAGCAAGAUUUCGAGGAUCUUCAGGCAGAUGACGGGGAGCCACUAGCCUUCGUGAUGGAAAAAUUGUUAAUAGCACCUCGCCAAGCAGGUGCGUCACAAAGACACGCCAUCUUCCGCACUCGUUGCACUAUUAGCGGCAAUGUCUGUGAUUUGCUCAUCGAUAGUGGUUGCACCGAGAACAUCAUUUCUCGGUCGGUGGUGCAGAAACUUCAUCUCAAGACGACGCGUAAUCCCCACCCUUACAAAAUAAGCUGGGUUAAGAAGGGUGUCGAAAUCGCCGUCACCGAGAUGUGUCGCGUUACAUUCUCCAUUGGCAAGAGCUAUGUGUGUGAAGUGUUAUGUGACGUGUUAGAUAUGGAUAUCUGUCACCUAAUUUUAGGCCGGCCGUGGCAGUUUGACGCUGGCGCAAUAUACGACGGGCGCGCGAACACUUAUAGCUUUGAAUGGAAGCAACACAAAAUCAGACUGCUACCUCGAUCUGCUGCCGAUAAUGAACGGGAUGCACCCAAUAAAGCCACUAUGUUCGUGGUUAGCGGCUCAAGUCUUCUCAGCUCUUGGAGGGAAUCUUCUUGGAUGUUAGCCUUGGUAGCUUCCAAUAGCCAGAUAAAUGGGGAAACCACUGAACUCCCAAAGGCCAUACAAGAUAUCCUGCAGAAGUUUCAAGAUGUCUGGCCAGCAACGUUACCUAAUGAGCUUCCUCCAUUACGUGAUCUGCAACACCAAAUUGACUUGCAACCAGGUGCCAACCUUCCUAAUUUGCCGCAUUAUCGAAUGAGCCCCCACGAACAUGAAAUCCUCCGAGGCAUCGUGGAAGAAUUACUUCAGAAGCAGAUGAUUCAGCCCAGUCUCAGUCUGUGCGCUGUCCCUGCACUGCUGGUACCCAAGAAGGAUGGGAGUUGGCGUAUGUGUGUUGAUAGCAGAGCUAUCAAUAAGAUCACUGCGAAAUACCAUUUUCCGGUACCUCGUCUCGAAGAUAUGCUGGAUAAACUCGCCGGUGCUACUCUAUUCUCAAAGUUGGAUCUACGGAGUGGAUACCAUCAGAUCCGAAUUCGUCCUGGGGACGAAUGGAAGACAGCCUUCAAGACAAGAGACGGUUUGUUCGAAUGGCGCGUCAUGCCCUUCGGCCUCUGCAAUGCUCCGGCGACGUUCAUGCGACUUAUGAAUGAGAUUCUUCGGCCCGCUCUCGGAAGGUAUUGUGUCGUUUAUUUUGAUGACAUCCUCGUUUUUAGUCGCUCGUUGGAAGAUCAUCGUGACCAUCUCACACAUAUACUUGGCAUUUUAAGAGAGCAUAAACUAUAUCUCAAUAUAACCAAGUGCGAGUUUGCCACAAGCACUGUACAUUUCUUGGGUUUCAUCAUUUCUAGCCAGGGCGUGCACAUGGAUCCUCAGAAAAUCCGCGCGAUAACAGAUUGGCCUACUCCUCGCUCGGUGACGGAGGUUCGCAGUUUCGUUGGUCUCGCCAAUUUCUACCGCCGUUUUAUUCGGGGUUUCAGCAUCAUAAUUGCCCCUAUCACCGAGUGCCUCAAGGAGAAGACUCUAACCUGGACGGCGGACCAAGAGCGGAGCUUCAACACCUUAAAAACGGCUCUUACCACAGCUCCUGUACUGGCCAUACCUGAUUUCAACAAACCGUUCCAGGUGGAUACUGAUGCAUCGUCGGUCGGUGUUGGUGCUGUGCUUGCGCAAGACGACCGACCCCUUGAGUUUUUCAGUGAGAAACUCAGUCCAGCUCGCCGAAAUUGGUCAGCAUACGAACAAGAGUUUUACGCCGUCGUUCGAGCACUGAAACAGUGGGAACAUUAUCUGUUGCACUAG